AUGCUGCGAAGCCACUGGUGUCCCAUCACUCUUGCAAAUGGCGAGGCCAUGGAGCAAGGCCUGCAAGCACUCGAAGCAUGGCUGUCAGAGCACGUGCACCCGUGGCUGGAUGGAGAAGCAGCGAGCACAUCACGUGCAGCCGUGCAUCAACGUGCACCCGUGCCUCACUUCCUCCCCUUCCACCCCUCUUCACCCCACAACACCCCUCCCAACAGCCUCAUGCUACGAAGCCACUGGUCUCCCAUCACGCUCGCCAACGGGGAGGCCAUGGAGCAAGGGCUGCAGGCGCUAGAAGCAUGGCUGUCAGAGCACGUGCACCCGUGGCUGGAUGGGGAAGCAGCGGGCAUGGGCAUGAGCAGGAGCGUGGGGAGCAUUGGAGCAGGCACUGCUGCAGGAAGCGUGGGAGGAGGGUCACGGGUGCAGCUGAUUGACGCUCUUCAACACACAUACCAGGCAGUGGUAUUGCUGACGGCAAAACAAAAAGCACGGAAGACAAUGGAGGAGGUGGUUGCAAUGUGCCCAUCCCUCAACUUCACUCAGCUGACCAUCCUGUGCUCGUGGUUUGAGGACGAGGUGUACGGCUCGAGAGGGUUCGACAGGGCUGUGCUGCAGCAGCUGAGAGGAGCAGGGGAAGACUAUGAAUCCGAAUUGCUCGAAGCGUUUGAAGGCCUGCCAUUCACCCCCACGGCCGUGAUAGCAGCAGUGCCGCCAAUUGACCCAUUCGUCGUGCCACCUCCCCACAUGAUGGCAGCGAGUCGUGUGGACUUGAAAUGGGUGCGGCGGCGCGUGACGGAAGCGCUGCUCGUGAGCGGCGCGGUCGUGGCGUGCCUUGUUAAUCACCAUGUUCCGCAACCGUACAUGGACGAGAUUUUCCACGUGCCUCAGACUCAGCAGUACUGCCGAGGGGACCUGCUGACGUGGCAUCCGCUCAUCACCACGCUGCCUGGCCUUUACUACCUAGCUCUUAUAUUCGUGGGCGUGCAAUACGCCCUCCUGCAACUCCUGGGUAUUGUCAAAGCCGCUGCCUACGUGGCAUCCACGUCAGACGCCACGUCAGAUGCCACGUCAGAUGACACGUCAGCAGCAGGCGUGUCAUUCGCAUCCCUGUGCUCCCCCGUGACGCUGCGAUCCCUCAACCUCCUCCUCCUCGUCCUCUCCUUCCCUCUCUUCUACUCCACUGCCCGUGCUGCCGCUGCUGCUGGUGCUGCUGCUGGUGCUGCUGCUGGUGCUGGUGCUGCUGAGACAUCAGUUGCAGCUCGUUCAAACAAGGCAGGCAAGCCCCAUUCUCGUCGUCGAGGUGUCGCUGCCUUGCUGCACAGAUACGAAACCCUACUUGACACCAAAGACGAAACGCAAGACGACACCAGAGGUGAAACUCAAGGCGAAACCGGAAACGACACACAAGCUGACACCAAAAGCCGCUGCGCCAACCACGCGCCUUGGGACCAGGUCGACGAGGACUGCACGUGGAGGGGGGCGAUGUUUGUCCUGUUCCCCCUGCACUGGUUCUUUGGAUUCCUAUACUACACGGAUGUGGCGUCAUCUGUAGCAGUGCUGGCCAUGAUGCGAUGUGUGUACAAGAAACAACACUACCGUGCUGCACUGUUAGCAGCAGGCAGCAUCAUCAUCCGUCAGACCAACGCCGUGUGGGCUCUGCUCGCUCUCUGCCUCUCCACCUCGCACUUCCUGGGGGUGCCCGUUCUUCUCACCCCGCAACUCCAACCCCUGGGGACUUCAAAGCUGACGACUCCUUUGAUCACUCCCAAGGGGACUCCUAAAGACGAGGCAGAGAAAGACGGGCCGGGAAAAGACGAAGCGGAAAGGGAUGGGGAGAGCAGAUGCAGAGCCGAUGAAAAAGGCACCUUACGCGAUGGCGUGGUCACCGAUUCGACAGAGGGAAGCUUCCAGGAUCCUUCCUGGGUUACAGAGGCGGCUGCGAGAGGGGAGGAUGUGCCUAGGGCGCUGCUGCUGCUGCUGCACCGCGCGUGGGCCGUGCGGGGGAAGUUUCUCAGAAACUUCUUCCCGCUGCUGGCGGUGCUUGCGGCGUUCUUUGUCUUUGUGCGAGUCAACGGGGGAAUAGUUGUUGCCUUCUCCGCCCUCUCCCUCUCGCCCCUCCUCCUCGCCCCCUCCUCGCUCCUCCCCCUCCUCUCCGCCACCUCUCGCUCUCUCCGAUCCUCCCCCCUUCGCUGCCUCCUCCUCGCUCUCGUCGGCUCUGCCCUGAUCUUUCUCACCAUCAAGCACUUCAGCCUCGCCCACCCCUAUCUACUAGCAGACAACCGCCAUUAUCCCUUCUACAUCUGGCGAAGGCUCAUCAACCCACCCCACAGCCCGUCACAGCGCUUCCUCCUGCUGCCACUCUACUCCCUCUCCCUCCUCGCCCUCACCCAUGCAUUACGCCGUGCUAUGACCCUUCUAGGCCUCUUUUUCUUCUCAGCUGCCACAGCAGCAGUGCUCGUCCCAUCCCCUCUCCUAGAAUUCCGCUAUUUCAUCCCUCCCUUCCUGCUCUUGCUACUGCACCUCCCCCUGCCUCGUAACCGCCUGGAAAAGAGGCUCGCGUGUACUCUGGUUGUCAGUGCAUUUGCUGCUGUAGACAUUGCCACUAUGGGACUCUUUGUAUUCCGCCCAUUUAAGUGGGAGGGGCAUGAGGGCUUGCAACGGUUCCUGUGGUAA